AUGGAUCUCGUCGAUAUAUCGCCUUCCAAAAAAAAUCCUCGUGGAAAUUUUGUUGGUACUGGUCAAAAGCAAAUAAUCAUUAAUCUGUACAAAGAUAAGAUCAAACAACAACAAGAAAACCCAGACAGCCCCAAAUUGACCUACAGACAAAUGCUGUUAGAAAUCUCUAAAUCAAGUGGUAUUGGGCAACGGACGAUACAAACGACAUUGGCUGAAUACAAAAAAAAAGGUACAGUUUCAUCACCUAAUAAAAAAAAAAUUAGACCUACAAUACUCGAAAAAGUAGAUAGUUUUGACAAACAAGCUAUCAGACGAAAAAUACAUGGCUUUUGGUUGAAUCGUGAAGUUCCUACUAUACAAAAAAUGUUGAUAGCUAUUAAUGAAGAUGAAACUCUACCAAACCUCAAACGUUCUUCAUUUCGUAAAAUAUUAAAAGAUUUGCAUUUUGUUUACGCGAAAAAAUCCCGCAAUAGUGCGCUUAUUGAAAGAGAGGACAUAAUUAUUUGGCGUGGUAAAUAUUUAGAUCAAAUAAGAAAAUACAGAUCACAAAACAGACCAAUAUACUACCUUGACGAGACGUGGGUAAACGCAGGUGAAACCCAUAGCAAAGCAUGGCACGACAGUACGGUCAAUUCACCUCGCGAAGCAUUCCUCACAGGGCUCACAAUGGGACAAAAGGAACCCUCGGGAAAAGGCAAGAGACUCAUUGUGUUACACAUAGGAUCAACUGACGGUUUCGUACCGGGUGGCCUUUUAUGUUUUGAGUCAAUAACCAACUCAUCGGACUAUCAUGAUGAAAUGAAUGGCAGUACUUUCUUUGAAUGGUUUGCAAAAAUGCUGCCGUUACUUAAAGAAAAUGCUGUCAUAGUGAUGGACAACGCCGCCUAUCAUUCUGUGAAAAAAGAUCGUAUUCCAGUGAUGUCAUGGAAAAAGCAGGAAAUAAUAAAUUGGCUGGAAAGUAAGGGCGAGAACAUUACUUAUCCAACAACAAAAGGGGCAUUAUUGUCUAAAGUCAGAACAAUACAUACGGAUGACCAUGAGAAAUACGUUAUUGAUGAGUAUGCGAAAGAUAACAAUAAAACAGUAUUAAGAUUGCCCCCGUACCACUGCGAGUUGAAUCCUAUAGAACUAGCAUGGUCGUCUGUUAAGAGGUAUGUCCGUACUCACAAUACUACCUUUAAAUUAAAAGAUGUAAAAGAAUUGCUGAAAAGAGGCGUGGAACUAGUAACACCGGAAAUGUGGACGAAUUUCGUUGGGCACGUCAUCAAGGAGGAAGAAAAAUUUUGGAAAAUCGACAACAUAACAGACGAUUUUAUGGACGAAGAACCUGAAGAAGGAGCACGUCAUAUCCUAACAAUAGGUGAUACAAGUUCGGAUUCUGACUCGGAUUAA